CGGUAGUCGCGGAAGUAGCCUGCGUAGUUUGCUGAGAGAUGAGACCUGCCUGGCGACAGCAAACGGAAAACAAGUCUGGCGUACAAACACUCAGGUGGCGAUGGAUGAUUCUGAGACAUGACCCUCUGAGAUCCGUUUCAGUUCCAACAGUUUUGGCUAAUUUCUGACCUGUCUCUGGUCCCGUUAAAACCGGACUGGUGGAAGAUCUUUUCCGAGGUAUGGGUGCGCUACAGUCCUUACCGGGUAAACCAGAAUACGUUGAUCUGGCGGAGAAGACGGGCUUUUCAUUUGAGCAGAUUGGAAUCCUACAUAACAGGUUCAAGCAGUUGAGCCACAAUGAAGAAACCCUGCUGAGAGAUCACUUCAAUGACAUCCCAGAUCUAGCAUGCAAUCCUAUCCGUUUGCAGAUCAUAGAGGCCUUCUUUGACAGAAGAAACUUUCGGCAGAAUGGUGAGGGUACAGUUGAGGAGAUCGGCUUUAAGGAGUUUCUGGUGGUUAUGUCCCAUUUCAAGCCCCCGUCACUGCACAUGACACAGGAACAGCGUGAGAGCAUCAGGAGGGACAAACUGAGAUUUUUAUUCAACAUGCAUGAUGCAGACAACGACGGGACGAUAACCCUUGAGGAAUACAGACAUGUGGUGGAGGAGCUGUUAUCUUUCAGCGAGGCACUGGAGAAGGACACAGCCAAAAGCAUUGCUGAUGCAGCCAUGUUGGAGGUGGCCAGCAUUUCAAUGGGCCACAUGGAACCUGAUGAAUUCUAUGAGGGAAUCACAUUUGAACAUUUCCUUAAGUUGCUGAAUGGCUUUGAGAUUGAAUCAAAAAUGAACAUUCGCUUUUUGAAUAUGGACACAACAACCUUGUGUAAGUGAAGUUGGUACACUAAACUCUGCAGUGACUUUGGAAAAACUCUGAAGAUGCACAAUUAUGGUUUCACGAUCUGUUGUUUCCAGUUGUGCUCUUGCAUUGAAUGAUAUACUUUACUCAUGUUUGAAUAACUAUGCAAAUUCAAUGAAAACAUGUUUUAUGCAGAUGUAGUAGAAGCAGUUUAUUUGAUUGUAAGCAAUAAUAUGAAAUAGUCAAAUAACAACCAUCCUGUUAGUAGUUGGACAAAGCAAUUAUCAAAUAUCCAUGUCUGGAGUAGCAGGCAUUAUGUCUCUAUGCAUAGAAAUAUUAAUGCAUGAUGCAUUAAACAUGUCAAUGCCAUAAAUCAAUAACUCUUAAUAAUCAGGGAUAUAAAUGUGUGAUGUUAAAAAUCUGAAUGUUUCUAAUAAUAGCAAUACAAUUAUUUGAAAUGCCUUUUAUUCAUAUUGCAAAUAUGACACUUGGUGCAUACUCUGCACAACAUGUGCACAAUAAAAACCCCAUGAAAC